AUGAUAGCGCAGCUGAUUAGCGAUCAGAAGGAGUGCCAUCGCAAAAGUCGUUCGGCAAGAUAUAUGGGUAACCUAUCGCCGGACGAGAUCCUGAAGCACAUCGAAGGCGACAACAAAGGCAAAACAAAAGGUGGCCAGAAGUCUGGUGCUAACGCCUCGAAG